AGGGAGGGAGAGAGAAUGGGGUGGGGAAGGGCAGUAUACGAAGGGACGGUGGUGAUUGGAUCUCUGGGGCUGCUGGGGUGGGCCGGGCUUUGGUUCCUGAACCGAAGGCUAUAUAAGGAGUACGAGGAGAAGAGGGCUCUGGUUCAGAUCCUCUUCAGCCUCGUCUUCGCUUUCUCCUGCAACCUUUUCGAGCUCGUCCUCUUCGAGAUCUUACCCGUACUCUCCAAAGAGGCGAGAUGGAUAAAUUGGAAAGUAGAUCUGUUUUGUUUGAUACUGUUGCUGGUCUUCGUGUUGCCAUAUUAUCAUUGCUAUCUGAUGCUCUGUAACAAUGGAGUGAGGAAAGAACGUGCUGCACUUGGAGCUAUUUUGUUCCUGUUGGCAUUUCUCUAUGCUUUUUGGCGCAUGGGCAUUCACUUUCCAAUGCCUUCACCAGAUAAAGGGUUUUUUACGACGCCUCAGUUGGUUAGCAGAAUUGGAGUGAUAGGGGUGACUGUCAUGUCUGUACUAUCUGGUUUUGGAGCUGUCAAUCUACCAUACAGUUAUUUAUCACUGUUCAUCAGGGAGAUUGAGGAAACAGACAUCAAAGGCUUGGAAAGACAAUUGAUGCAAUCGAUAGAGACUUGUAUCACAAAGAAAAAGAAAAUCAUACUUUCACAGAUGGAGAUAGAGCGCAUUCAAGGGUCAGAGGAGAAGCUGAAGGCUAGAUCGUUCUUAAAGCGUAUAGUUGGAACAGUGGUACGUUCUGUGCAGGAUGAUCAAAAGGAGCAGGAUAUUAAAACCAUGGAAGCUGAAGUACAAGCAUUAGAAGAGCUCUCGAAGCAGCUAUUCCUGGAGAUCUAUGAGCUUCGCCAAGCCAAGGAAGCCGCAGCAUAUUCUCGAACCUGGCGGGGGCACUUGCAGAAUUUGCUGGGCUAUGCUUGCUCCGUGUACUGUGUGUAUAAAAUGAUUAAGUCUUUGCAGAGUGUGGUUUUCAAGGAGGCUGGUUCAGUUGAUCCGGUGACAAUGGCAAUCAGCAUUUUCUUGCAGUAUUUUGAUAUAGGCAUAAACGCUCAACUGUUAUCACAGUAUAUCUCUUUGUUAUUCAUUGGGAUGCUGGUCGUGAUUUCUAUCCGUGGUUUCCUAACAAAUCUUAUGAAGUUUUUCUUUGCGGUUUCAAGAGUUGGGAGCGGUGGAUCAACAACUAACGUUGUUCUUUUCCUGUCUGAGAUCAUGGGCAUGUAUUUCGUAUCAUCAAUUCUAUUGAUAAGGAAGAGUUUAGCAACUGAGUACAGGAUAAUAAUCACAGAUGUUUUGGGUGGAGACAUUCAGUUUGAUUUCUACCAUCGCUGGUUUGAUGCGAUAUUUGUGGCGAGUGCUUUCCUCUCACUGCUAUUGCUUUCUGCACAUUACACAUCUCGCCAAACUGAUAAGCACCCCAUUGAUUGAUUUUGUUAUUGCAACAUUCUCUUAAAAAAAAAAAAAGUAAUGUAGACUUGUGGUUUCCUCUCCAUUUGCUCUAAUGCCAUUUUCUCUUCUUUCUUA